AUGUCAAUAAAAGCCGAUUUUAAACAAUUAUUGAAGCCUUAUUAUCUCUUCAAUAUCGUCUUAAGCCUCUCGUACGUCAUUCUGAAGCGGACCCCAGGUCUUUGCAAUUAUUUGUUCCACGUGGAGGAAUGCGAGUUCGAUGGGCGCGAGACCGAAAUCCUCUUCUUCCUGAUCAUCGUGAUCAUGAUCAGGACCCGAAAAUCGGGCAGUGUAUCAAUGAUCAAUUACUUAUCGUCUAGUUUCGUGUACACAAAAAUAGCGAAUUUGAUACUAUGGUUCAACGCCGAUUUUCUGAUGGGCAUUAUCUACGGGAUCAUAUUCAUCUUGGGGGCGUUGCUAUUUCCCGAGCCCACGUAUUCCGGCCCUGACAAUGUCAUUUAUUUCCGGGGCAUGCAAGGCUUGGACGAGGAAUUGGCACGUAGUCGGGACGGCUAUUGGUUGGUCACGUUUUACACCGUCUGGAACCCGGCUUGUGUGAACUUCGCCCCGGUUUUCGCAAAACUGAGCACCGAAUAUCACUUGGAGAAUUUCAAGUUUGGGAAAAUCGACGUGGGGCGAUACCCCGAUGCCGCACAGAAAUAUCGCGUGAAUGACAGCAGUUUAAGUAAGCAGUUACCCACGACAAUUCUGUUUAAAGAAGGGAAAGAAGUGGUGCGGAGGCCGGCUAUUGACUCAAAAGGCAACAUUUUGAAAUUCUUUUUCUCGAGUGAGAACGUUAAAGGGGCUUUCGAUCUCAAUAACUUGUACGAAGAGUGCAAGAGCGCGCUUAAGAAUAAUAAGAACAAACACGUGAAGAACGACUAAUUAUUGUUAUUUAUUUGUUUCUAGUGCCAUAGUAAUAAAUUGUUAAUACGACAAAA